AUGGAGGCCACAGGGGCUUCGGGCGGGUUCGAUGACCUUCCGGAGUGUGCUGACCCAGGCGUCCCUGAGAACGGCUUCAGGACACCCGGUGGAGGGCUUUUCCUUGAAAGGUCUGUCACUCAGUUUCACUGCCAAGAUGGGUUCACGCUCCAGGGCCCUACAAAGAGGCUGUGUGUGAGACAUCUCAAUGGAACCCUCGGCUGGAUCCCCAGUGAUAAGCCCUUCUGUGCACAAGAAGAUUGCCGUAUCCCUCAAAUCGACGAUGCUGAGAUUCAUACCAGGACAUACAGACACGGAGACAAAAUGAUCGUCACCUGUCACGAGGGAUUCAAGAUCCGCUACCCUGAUCUGUACAACGUGGUUUCUCUGUGCCGUGAUGACGGGACGUGGGACAACCUGCCGCUCUGUCAAGGCUGCCUGAGACCUCUUGCCUCUUCCAAUGGCUACGCGAACAUCUCCGAGUUGCAGACCUCCUUCCCCGUGGGGACGGUCAUCUCCUACCACUGCUUCCCUGGGUACAAGUUGGAGGGGGCCGAGCACCUCGAGUGCCUACACAGCCUCAUCUGGUCGACCAGCCCACCCCGGUGCCUUGCUCUGGAAGUGUGCCCGCUGCCUGCAACAGUGACUCAUGGUGAUUUCGUCUGCCACCCGCGGCCCUGUGAGCGCUACAGCCACGGGACUGUGGUGGAGUUCUCUUGCGACGCCGGCUACAGCCUCACCAGCGACUACAAGUACAUCACUUGCCAGUACGGGCACUGGUUCCCCUCCUACCAGGUCUACUGCAUCCAGUCAGAGCAAACAUGGCCCAGCGCCCAUGAGACCCUCCUGACUACGUGGAAGAUCGUGGCAUUCACCGCAACCAGCGUGCUGUUGGUGCUGCUGCUCGUCAUCCUGGCCAGGAUGUUCCAGACCAAGUUCAAGGCCCACUUCCCCACUAGGGGGCCCCCGCGGAGCUCCAGCAGUGACCCGGACUUUGUGGUGGUGGACGGUGUGCCUGUCAUGCUUCCAUCCUACGACGAGGCUGUGAAUGGAGGUAUGAGGGCGUCAGGCCCAGGGUACCUGGCCUCCGUGGGCCAGGCCUGCCCCUUGCCAGUGGACGACCAGAGCCCCCCAGCAUACCCUGGCUCAGGGGACAUGGACAUGGGCACGGGAGGGUCAGAAGCCUGUGACAGCGGCUCAGCCUCCUCUGAGCUGCUCCAGAGUCUGUAUUCACCUUCUGUGUGCUUGGGGGGCACGCAUCCUGACAGCAUGGACACGGGGGCUGGCACGACAGGAGAGACGGCAUCCAGCAGUCCAGGCAUCAACCUUGCAGAUGAGAUCCCGCUAAUGGAAGAUGACCCGUGACCAGCAACGCCGCAAAGAUUCUCCUGCCCCUGCGAGGAUGGGAGCCACGCCCCUUGGAGUGAGGCCCCAGGGGACGGACUGUGGCGCCGUCGGGGGGUUUCCAGCUCACCUACAUGGAGACCGUGACUCGCAUCAUCCAUCUUGGGCUCAAUGCUGCGGUGGACACUCUCGGGGAGCCGCGACCAGGGGUUCUUCACCCCUGGUGAAGGGGUCUGGCUGUCCCUGCUGCAGAGUGGGGCGGCUCCACACAUGUCCCCCUGGACCCCGCAUCCCGUGACUUGUGCUGCGGCCACUGCCUGCCGCCUUUGCAAGCAUGUCCCCCGCCGAUUCGCCCUGCGGUCUGCUCCACGCAACACGGCUGCCGUGUGGCAGGCUCUGGGGCACGUGGGGGCUUUUCCUUAAUCCGACACAGUACUGGAUGCGUGAGAGAGGAAUGGAAGGACACAGGCAGACUCUACUUCCUGGAACCUCAUCCACAAGUGUAGUUGAGCAGCCCUGAGCCGUCCUUUGGUGAAACACGGUCAUUUUCUGUGUCACGGGCUGGUGCACCACCGUGCUCUGGGUGUCUCGUGUUCGGGACUUUGUGGACGGUCGGAUAUGCUCGGACAUGUCUCCUGGUGGACAGGAUUACAAGGCAGCAUUCAGCAUGACAUCUCAAGGUGUCCCUUGACCGUGUGUCUCGAGAGUUGCAAGUCCCCUCCCAACGCCUGUUACGAUGUGGCUCCCACUCCCAGAAUGCAGCCAUAUGUUUAUUUUCCAAAACAGAACCUGUUUCUGUAAACAUGCUCCUCCUCCAAAUAAAGUAUGAGGCUGGG